UGCUUUCAUUGCAAAAUUAACGAACAAAAACUAGUAUUCAUAUUUUUCAGUCUUUGUCUAACCGCGUUUUAUCAGCUUACAAAAUUUUAACAAGAAAAACAAAUGGAAAUGCGAACAAACUAGAUAAAGUCCACAUUAUCGCUAUCGUCAAUAUGGAAAUCCCUAAAACUAAACAACUGUACUCGCUGCUAAAUUUUAUAAUAAAAAACAAAUAAAAAUGUGCUCAAAAAUCGCAAUACUUGAACGUUGUUCCCAAUAAAUCGCUUAUUGUUGUUUAAUUAUUAUCGUUAAUUCAUUGUUUACGACGUGGGAAAAAAGUAACAAUGAUUCAGCGUCCUGCGAGGAGCCGCGAGGAUAUAAAUCGCACAUUAAAUCGAAUGGAAUUUAGAGAAACUGUAAUAUACAAUACAUAUAAAUAAAUGCAUAAGUUUGAUCGAAUAAUGCAAGUUCAAUUCGUUGCGUAACAACAGCAGAAUUAAUGAAUGUAAACGAUUCGACGAAUCGAUUUGCGAUUUUUGCGGUGAAAAAAACAAUACCAUUACAGUCAUAACAAUACUUAUCGCCGGGGGCAAGGGUAAUUAUUAUCUAUUUAAAGAUUUAGAUAAAGGUGUGUGUUCAGUCCGGUAAUUGCGCUUUCACGGUCUUAUUAACAAUCUUUGAAUUAUAUAAAUAUUUGAAUACGUAUUUAUUUGGGGGAAAAAUUGGUGGGUGUAUUUUGAGUUGCGCUCCUAGCAAAACUGUUUGAUCUACUGCGUUCAGUAGUUGAUGUGAUUGUGGCGGAGUAGGUCUGGUGCUCUGCGCUCCUCUGGAAAGGUUGUGUUUUUGAAGUUCAAGAAGUCAAAACCGGUUGGAGUAUAUUUGAAAGUUAUGGGUGAGCACAAGAAGGGCAGGUUCGGGCCUCUUAUAGGAUCCAUAGAUGAAGGCACGUCGAGCACCAGAUUUCUGGUGUUUGCAGCGAAAACAGCUGAAGUACUUACUUACCAUCAAGUCAGCUUGGAGCAUAUCACCCCUCACGAAGGAUGGGUGGAAAUGGAUCCAAUGGCGAUCCUGACUGCUGUCAUCGAGACAAUCAAUGUGGUUUGCGACAACUUGAAGAAACUGGAUAUCAGUUUAGAGGAUAUUGUCGCAACAGGCAUCACAAAUCAAAGGGAAACAACUGUGCUGUGGGAUUCACAAACAGGAAAACCAUUAUACAAUGCUUUAGGUACAUAAUCAAAAUUAAUUAUUUAAGGGCAANUGAGAACUGCGACAACAGUGGAUGCAAUCCUGCAGAAUGGAAAGAAAAAUAAGAAUUUCUUGAAAAACGUCUGCGGCUUGCCAGUGAGCACAUACUUCAGUGCUUUGAAAAUUCGCUGGAUGAUGGAUAAUGUUGAGGCUGUCAAGGAAGCGAUUAGGGACAACAGAUGCCUUUUUGGCACAAUUGACACUUGGUUGAUUUGGAAUUUGACUGGUGGUGUUAAAGGGGGUAUUCAUGUGACUGAUGUGACAAAUGCAUCUAGGACAAUGUUAAUGAAUAUUGAAACACUGAAAUGGGAUCCACAGCUGUGCAAAAUCUUUGGAAUUCCAAUGAGCAUCCUUCCAGAAAUCAGGAGUUCUUCAGAGAUUUAUGGGUAUCUGAGUGAAACUCUGAUCAAAGGAAUACCAAUUUCUGGAUGUCUUGGAGAUCAGCAAGCAGCGUUGGUGGGUCAGAUGUGCUUCCAGAAGGGCCAAGCGAAGUGCACGUACGGAACGGGUUGUUUCCUGCUCUACAACACGGGUCAAAGCAUAAUUCAAUCAUCGCACGGCCUUCUCACAACAGUUGCGUAUCAAUUCGGAAGCCACAAAAAGCCCAUCUACGCGCUCGAAGGUUCAAUCGCAAUCGCCGGCGUUGCUAUGCGAUGGCUUCGUGACAAUCUGCAGAUCAUUUCCGACGUCAGCGAAUCGGCGGACAUCGCCGAACAGGCGGACGAUGUUGGCGAGGUCGUCUUCGUGCCCGCAUUCUCAGGACUCUACGCUCCUUAUUGGCGUAAAGAUGCAAGAAGCGUGAUUUGCGGUUUGACUGCGGAGACUAAACCCGCUCACAUAAUCAAGGCUGCAAUCGAAGCUGUGGCAUUCCAAGUGCGGGAUAUCUUGGAAUCCAUGUCUUUGGAUUGUGGUUAUCCUCUUUGCAAGCUCUUAGUGGAUGGUGGCAUGACUGCAAACAAUGUAUUAAUGAGGAUCCAAGCUGAUUACUGUGGCAUUCCAGUUGUGAGACCUUUGAUGGCGGAGACUACAGCGCUCGGAGCGGCUAUAGCAGCUGGAGGCGCGAAGGGUGUAGAAGUUUGGGAUCUUGAGAACGUUCAAUCCGUCCCAAGCGACACCUUCGAUCCGGCAAUAACGGAAGAUCAAAGGGAUAUCAAGUAUAAUGAGUGGAAGAAGGGAAUCGCCAGAUGUUUGGACUGGGUGGAGGACAACGAAGGCAACGAAUUCGGCCUUCCCUCUAUUUCAAAGUUUGAGGAAGUUUGCGAUAACUACGAGGAAACGCGUCUCAACUCAUUACCAGCUUCCCUGUACAUAUUCGGAACUGUGGCUAUCCUAACUCUAGCCACGUUCCUCUCCAGGAACAACAGCUAAUGGGAGACUAACUUAAAAAUUUUUACUUAAUUUAUUGAAGAUCAGUGAUGAUGGACGCGUCGUUCCAUUCCUAUCUGUGAUCAUUUUGCUUAACAUACUGUACUUAUUUGUUUUUGCAUUUACUUGUUGUAUAAUAAACUUUAUAUUGUAGUGGAGAUCA